AUGAUAAACUAUUAUCCUAUUCUUUACUACAAUAGCAUACUAAAUGUCCUAUUUAUUAAAGACUAUCAAAAGGCGAUGCUGGAAGAGCUCAUGUCUCAAUAUGUAGACGUUGACAACAAAGACUUUUGGGAUGACAGUGUGUGUAAGCAUUAUCUUGUUGCCUUUUGUCCUUCUCAAUUAUUUACCAACACCAAGUCCGAUCUCGGCGGCUGUGAUAAAAUUCAUAAUGAUCGUUUGAAGGAACGUUAUCAAAAGUCUCCUGAUAAACACAAUUAUCCUUACGAAGAAGACUUUUAUGACUAUCUCAACAAACUCAUUUCCGAUCUAUCUCGAAAAAUUCGCCAAGGCAUGGGUCGCUUAAACAUACAAGCAGAUGAUAAAGCUGCGGAAUUACGUAAAGAAGAACGAGAAGAAAAGAUGGUAUUGUUGGAUGUCAAGAUUAAGGAACUAUUACAAAAAGUGGAAGAGGCAGGCGAAGAAGGCCGUGUUCAGGAAGCCACUGAUUUACAAGCUCAAGUAGAUAAGCUGCAGGAAGAAUUAGAACAGUUCAAAGAGAACGCUGAUAAUAUCCGAGAAAAAAGAAUGGAGGUAUGCGAUGUUUGUGGCGCUUUUUUGGUAACCAACGAUUCUUCUGAUAGAUUAGAGGCUCAUUAUCAAGGUAAACAACAUCAAGGCUAUCUGAAAAUCCGGGAAACCAUUGAAAAAAUGAGACAAAGUCGCCAAUCAAGCCAUAGUCAUAGAGACGGCAGAGAUAAUCAAUCUUAUUCACGUCAACGUUAUGAUUAUGAUCGCCGUGAUGGAGGUAGGCAUAGAGAUUAUCGACGUUACAGUAAUGAUAACAGAGGAUAUAGCAGGGAAGGCGGUAGUAGAUAUGACCAGCGUCAACAUUAUCACCGUAGUCGUGAUCGUAAGGAUUUGCCACCCCCACCAGCCCCGGCUGCUCAAACACAUACCUCAACUGAUGAUGAUUUCUCCGGUGAAUUAGAUCGUUACAGUAGAAGAACAUCUCGUCGCGAUUACUAUGAUGAUCGUAGAUCCCGUUCUCGCUCACCAGUAAGAAGCCGCCGUUAUGAUUAA